AUGCGUACCCCCAUCCUAUCCGCAGCCUUUGCUGCAUCCUUCUCCGCUACCGUUCAAGCACAGCAAUACUCAGGAGACGUCAUCCCCAAUUCACUACCCAAUGUCCCUGGCUCUGAAGCCACCUACUUCCGGAUCGCCGACCCGUUGAAGAAGAACAACAAUCUCACACUGACCAACUACUACUCAUAUGGUCAGAAUAACAAGAGAAUCGUCGAAGCUAAUGUACAGCGUGCGGUGGUCAUGAUUCACGGCCUCAAUCGUGACCCUGGCACCUACAUGUCCAACAUGCGUUCUGCUCUGGCCCAAGUCACCUCGGACCCGAACGUCAACUUUGACACUGUGGCCAUCAUGGCGCCCUACUUUGCCAACGGUGACGACAAAAACACUGGCUUUCCCUGGACGAAUGGUCUGGGAGCAGGUCUAGGUUCAACAAGCAACGCGCUUGUUUGGAAGGGCUCGCAGUGGUCAGCUGGAGGCAACAACCAGUACCCCGACAGCUCAAAGACGACCUCAUCGUAUACCGUUCUGGACCAAAUCAUACAGUAUUUUGACAACCCAACUUUGUUUCCGAAGUUGAACCAGAUCGUCAUUGCAGGGCACUCUCUCGGUGCACAGACUGUCCAGCGGUAUGCAGCACUGGGAAACCAGCUGAACACAAGAACUCCCGUGUCGUACUGGAUUGGUAAUCCAAACAGCUACGUGUGGCUAAGCACGGAUCGACCUCUGCCUACAGGAUCUUGUUCUACCUAUGACGAUUAUCGGGAGGGCUACAACAAGUUCACAGAUUAUCCCAUGACAUAUGGAAAGAGUCUUGUUGCCUCUGGACGUGCUGCCAUCUUGUCAAACUUCAACGCUAAAGCCAUCAACUAUGCAAGAGGUACCCAGGAUCUUGGCGACGACUCUUCGACUUGCGCUCCUGGUACCACCGGCAAGGACCGCAACGAGCGGUUCUUCAACUUUAUCAAGGCUUUUCCUCCAUCAUGCUCCAACCCGGCUGGCCGCAAUUGCGACACAGUAGACUUUGUGAACAUGGGCCACGAUGGCGGUGGCAUGAUGGCUUCACCAGCAGGCCAGGCUCGGUUGUUCCUGGACAACUUCUAUGGCAACGGCAGCCGCGCCUACGACUUUGGUUAUCCCAGACAACAAGCCGGAGACGACCCGUUUCCCAACCCAUCACUCAAUACCACGUCGUCUUCGAUCAAUAAUAACACUUACGCGGGCAACAUGACGUACUGGGGCUGUUGGUCGGAUCAAACUCAACGCACCUUGACCAACAUGACAUAUCAGAGUGAUGCCAACACUAUCGAGCUUUGCACACAGACUUGUGCCGAUGGCGGCAACACCAUAGCCGGACUCGAAGCUACAAACCAAUGCUAUUGUGGAACGUCUCUUGGAUAUCAGGCGCAGCAGGUAGUCGACAGCUCUUGCCAAUACUCUUGCCCCGGAAAUUCGAGCCAGAUCUGCGGAGGGUACAAUCGUCUCUCGCUCUUCUCAAGCGGUCGACCUAAGGUACUGGCCGCUCCAAGCACGCCUGAGACUGUCGGUGACUUCUACUAUGCCUCUUGCUAUACAGAAGGUGCGAACAAUGCCCGUGCCUUGACUGGCAAGAGCACUCAAGGCAACUUCAUGACUUUGGACUACUGCGCCAACUUCUGCUCGGGCUAUCGUUAUUUCGGUGCUGAGUACGGCAGGGAAUGCUAUUGUGGCAACGGCUUCUCGAACAGUCCCAACCGAACAGCGGACAACGACUGCAGUUAUCUCUGUGCUAACGAUUCGACACAGUUCUGCGGCGCCGGUAACAGACUGACUGUCUAUCAGAACCCAAGCUGGGUCGCACCGAGCAGUGUAUCGACGACCACAGCAGCCACAGCCACCAGUCCCGGCUCGCCACAAAGCACGGGUGUCUCGUGUCCAGCAUCGAACAACGCUAUUGUCACCUCCGGCGGCAAGAAUUUCACGACCGAGUGUGGCGUCGAUCAUUAUGCCGGCGAUCUUACAAGUCUCAACGUCAACAGCUUCCAGCAUUGUAUCGAUGCAUGUGCUCAGAACAGCCAAUGCGUCGACGUCAGCUUGUAUGGCACAGCUUGCUAUAUGAAGAGCAAUGUUGGAGCAGCUAUAGCCAAUGAUCAGAUUUGGGGCGCCAAACUGCAGGUUUCCGGCUCUACAUCAUCGGCAUCAACAACAAUCGGCAGCUCCACGACUUCUACUACUGCUUCUGCUUCGAACACAGCUGUUGUAUGUCCCGCUGCCGAUAACACCACAAUCGUGUCUAACGGCGCUUCCUUCUUGGUUGAAUGCGGCAUCGAUCGUGCCGGUGGGGACAUGAAAUCACUAGGAGUGAGCAGCUUCCAACAGUGCAUCGAUGCGUGUGCUACGACCCCUGGCUGCGUCGACGUGUCACUCUCUGGUUCGGCCUGUUAUCUCAAGUCGACCCUUGCAGCAGCGGUAAACAAUGGAGGCAUUUGGGGCGCCAAAUUGGUGACCACUUCGACAUCCUCCAGCACGUCAGGCUCUGCAAGCUCAAGCAGCACCUCCAGUACUACCGGAUCAGGGGUGACAUCAAGCAGUGUCUCCCCGCCGUCCUCAUCAGCAACUCCCGUUACUUGUCCCAGCUCCGACGGCACGACUGUGACGUCAAAUGGUGUGUCGUUCUUGGUAGAGUGCGGUAUUGACCACGCUGGCGGUGAUAUGAAGUCGCUUGGUGUCAGCAGCUUCCGGCAGUGUAUCGAUGCUUGCGCGACUACUCCAGGAUGCGUUGACGUGGCGCUGUCCGGCUCUGCGUGCUACCUCAAGUCCCAGCUCGGCGCUGCUGUCAACAAUGGCGUAUGGGGUGCCAAAGUGGUCACCGCUCCCACAUCAUCUUCGUCUGGCUCGGUUUCUUCAACGUCUUCGUCAACUUCCACUAGCACAGCUAGCUCAUCCACUACCACCUCGUCCGAGGCUUCAUCUGACAGCGCUACAUCCAGCAGCACCGCGACACAGCCAUCGGCCACCUCUUCAAGCACCGCAAGCACUUUUUCGACAAUCACCACUACGAGCUCAUCAAUAACUUCCACAAGCUCAAUUCAGACCUCGACAUCAACAUCUCAAGCACAAGCUUUGCCUUCGGGAUUUGUUUCAGUUGGUUGCUUCGUUGACAGCAACGUUCGUGUUCUGCCAAAGUCAAGGGGCUCGUCCAACGCGCAAACACCACAGCAAUGUGCGAUGGACUGCCAAGCUCAGGGAUACAAGUACAGUGGUACUGAAUGGAGUCAAGAGUGCUGGUGUGGUAACGCCGCCCCUAAAUCUUCCGUGGCUGCGCCAUGGUCGGACUGCAAUAUGGCUUGCAAGGGCGACAAGACGCAAAAGUGCGGCGAUAGCAAUAGGAUCAGUGUGGUUCAGGACACGACAUGGCAGCAGACUUUCUUCGCACGCCAAUCGUACAACACCUGGAACCUCAUGUCGUGCUAUGUCGACAGUGGCUCUUCCCGGACUCUGAGCAGGGGAGUUAGCCUGAGUGCCUUUGGCGGCGCAAGCAACGCGACCAUCUCGAACUGCCUGGACGCCUGCGCUGCCAGUGGCUAUACCUAUUGCGGUGAAGAAUACUACUCCGAGUGCUACGGAAGCAUGACUGCACCCACGGCCAAUGUGGCCGCUGGCGAUGACCCACUGUCAGCUGGAUGCAACUAUCCUUGCAACGGCAACAAGACGGAGGCUUGUGGUGGCAGCAACCGCAUACUGGUGUAUAUCAACAAUGGCACAUCAGCAUAA